AUGAAAAGAAUCUUCUCAGGUAGUAAAUCCCCGAGAUUUGCUGCUCCACCGAAUCCCUUUAAGAAAGAAAAUGAUCCAAGAAGUCCAAAGAGUCCAAAGAGUCCAAAAAGUCCAAAAAGUGCCUCCAGAUCAGCUUCAUUUUCUAACUUCUUCUCCAAUGGAAUUGAUUCCUCUCCAAAAGUUAACCAAUUACAACUGCCUCAAGAAUCCUCUGUAACAGGAGCUUCCCUAUCACCAGAAUUGGUCCCUAUCGUAACCCUCUUAUCUGCUCAAACUCAUAGAAGAUACCAUAAAGGUAUUUUUUUGAUCUUGCACGAUUUGAAAAAUGAUGGAACUCCAGCUGAUAGGAGAUGGAAACAUGUAUAUGGUCUAUUAUUGGGGACCCAAUUAGCACUCUGGGACGCUAAUGAAAUAUCUGCCAACACAUCCAACAACUCUAAAGAGAAAUUGAAAAAAUUAGCUUCCAAACCAAAUUAUAUCAAUUUCACAGAUGCUACUAUAAGACCAUUGGAUCCUAAUGAUGAAAUUAGAACAGAACAUAUGCAAGAUUUAGAUGACGUCUUGGUUAUAUCGACUACUUUGAAGAACAGAUAUUUCUUGAAAUUUAGUGAUACAGAAUCUUAUAACCAAUGGUUUGCAGCUUUAAGAUUAAGUCUAUAUGAAUGUCACGCUUUACAAGAAGCUUAUACAGGUGCUUUCCUUUCAAGUAGAGGUUCAAAGUUAGGUGAUAUACAAGUCAUAUUGGCAGAUAAUAAAUUUAAGUAUGAAGAUUGGGUGAGUGUAAGGUUCGGUACAGGAAUGCCAUGGAAACGUUGUUUUGCAAUAAUCUCACAGAAUGGGUCAAGUAAAAAGCAUCCAUUCGGUCGUAUUGAUUUUUUCGAAAGUAAUAAGAAAAUUAAAAAGACAAACGCAAUGGCAACAGUAAAUGAGGCAAAAUCAUUAUGUGCUGUUUAUCCAUCAUCACCGUUAUUAGUUGAUUCAUCUACUAUUAUUAAGAUAGAAGGUUCUGUUACAAUGCAUAAGAAUGAAGAUCCUCAAGAAACAAGUAUCUUCAUCAUGCCAGAUAAACAUCAAGCUGUCCCUGGCUAUGAUACAAUUAUAAGGUUCUUAAUUCCUGCCAUGAAUGCUUUUAAACUAUAUGGGAGACCUAAAGGAUUAAUAGCAAAUAGAGUUGAUGAAAAUUCCCUUCUAUUCGGGCUACCAACUUUACCAUACACACACUACCUUCGUGUUGAGGAUCUUUUGCCAUUGGCAGAAUCAUCUGAUAGUUCACAUUGGACAGAGUUUGAUUGGAAGAGGGAAAUCAACUCCAUAUUGAAGGAAAAAAUGAGCAACGGGUAUACUGGUUGUGGGGCGACAAAUAGACUUCCAAAUAUUAUGUCCUCUCCAUCCAUUGCGGCAGCUGAACUAUUUGAUGACAAAAACGCAAUUUCUGGUUCACUUUUCCAAAGUGAUGUUACUACUAGAAGAAUGUCAUCAUCAUCUUCCACUUUCAAUAGAGGUAGUAACCUUAAUAAUCCAAGCAACUCGGUAUUAUCAUCUCAAUCCGGAAUUGCAGACGUCAAUGAAGAAACUGGCCUUUCUGAUCCAUUUAAUUUGAAACUCUCUGCUAGCAAUACAGAAUCUGGGUCCGCAGUAUCGAUUACUCAGCCUCAUGAAAAUUCUACUACUAUUGACCCAUUUAAUACGGCAAAGGAACCAAAAUCUUUUUCGAAAUUAUCAACUCCCAUGAAUAUAGAAAUCCCAAACUCCACAUUCAACGCAAUUAAUGCUAACAAAAAAUAUACAUCACCAACACCUCCAAGUUCCAGUGGGAAAGAAUCUAGCGUUCAAAAUUCAGAUCUUGCUGCAUUAUACGAUAAGUACUCAGGAGCACCAUUCGGAGAUUCUGGUUUUCAGGAAUUCGAAGAAGAAGAAGAAGAAGAAGAAGAAGAAGAAGAAGUAGCUAGUGACGAACCGCAAAGAAUUGAUCUUGAAGGACCUAUGUUUGACGUUAAUGAAAGCCCGUAUGAAAAAUAUAUGGGAAACUCCUCCACAAGUAAGACUUUUAAGAUUCCUGACGUUAGAGAUUCCAUUAGCACAAUGAACACCGAACCUGAAGAAAGUGAAGCAUUCACUUCUACAUACCAUGACAUUCAGGAAGAAGAGGAAGAAGGAAAUAAUGAUAACGAGAAAUAUGAUGAUACUAUUGAUAAAUUUGAGACCUUGGCUAGAAGAAUAAGUGAUAUUGAAUUAAAAACUGACCGUUUCGAUAGUACUACCAAUAAAUUUGAUUCUUUAGGAAUCGAAUUGCAAAAUUCGAUACACGAUUCAGCUAACCAUGAUAAUACCAUUGAAGCUGAUGAGGAUGAUACAAAUAUUUUUGAUCCAGAUUUUAUAGAAGAAAAUCAAAUGCUAGAGUCAGAAAGCAGGUAUACCGCCGAUGAUCAAUUCACUGCUGAUUCACCAUCAAUACACGGUAGCACACCUGUGAAACUUGCUAGUAACCAAAAUGGUACACAUAGGAUGCCACAUUCCCCAUCGAAUAGCGAUUUAAGUCAAUUUGCAGGAGCUUAUAGACCACAUCCUAAUAAUACCAAUAUGCAAGCAUCGCAAGGAAAUACUUAUCCUAUAAAUAAUUAUCCACAUGUAGGGAAUGAUAAUAUCAACAAGCGCGUUAUUCCAAAUGGUAACCCACGAAAUGUGCCCGCACAUAUACCUCAACAGACACCAUUGCCGUAUGGAAGAAUGAUGGGAAAACAAACAAUAAAUAAUCAAGCUCACAUACCGAUGAGUUAUCGAUCCGCACCAAAUGGUAUUCCUUCUCCCCAAUACAAUAACAAUCAAUUCAAAAGAGGACAACAGCAGGGCACUAAGAUAUAUCCAAACAUGAAUUCAGGAAUUCAAUCUCGCCAAAGGCCCGCUCCUCAAAAUAAUACAUUCAUGCCAGCUGAUGGUGCUCCAAACAAAAGUAAUCAGGGGUAUUCCCAAUUUAUGGUAUCAUCUAACAUCACAACCAACCCUUAUUCAAGAUAA